AUGCUUUCUCGACACGCGGUAUCGGUUCGCAGCGCCCACAAAGCGGCCUCAUCAGCAGCCGCCCAUUCGGUUGAAAAUGUGACGAAGGUUUCGUCGGGAUUGACGGUGGCAACUCUUGACAAUCACGGGCCACUGAGCCAGCUUGUGCUCGCCUUCCGUGCCGGCUCCCGAUAUGAAACCGCUGCACAAGCCGGAUUGGUGCACACACUGCGCAACUUUGUUGGACGCGAUACCACCCAAUAUCCAGGAACAUCGGUCGUUUGGUCGUCAGCCGCUGCCGGCGGUGUUUUGAAAUCAUUUGCAACACGCGACAUUUUCGGUGUUUCCAUGACGGUGCCACGUGACGAAACCGCGCACGCUUUGUCAAUUCUGGGACAUGCUGCCUCUCAACCAGCAUUCAAACCAUGGGAAGUUGAAGAUGUUCUUCCAACAAUGCGAGCCGAUAAUGGAUACCGAACACCAUUCGACUACGUUUUCGAAGGAAUUCAUAGAGCAGCUUACAGAAAUGGACCACUUGCUAAUUCAGUUUAUUCGCCAUGCUCGCAAAUUGGAAAGAUCUCGACCCAAACUUUGAGCAAAUUUGCUGAUGAUCAUCUUGUGUCUGGAAAUGGUAUCAUCUUUGGUACCAAUAUUGAGCAGGAGCAACUCAUUCUCUACGCCGAAAACUAUUCACCGAUUCGUCAAGGGAACGCGGUUUCAACACCAUCGAGUCCGUAUAAGGUAUUCAAGCAGAGUAAAUAA